UAUAUCUCGAACAUGAUAAUAUGCUUCUUCUUAUGAAAGGGGGUUGCGCGCUGACUGCCUUUCUACAAGUUCCGAUACAGAUUACUUUAUUUACGCUUCAGAGUGAUCGUUUGCAAGUUAUAAUAUACGAAAUGGAAAAUUAUAUUCAACAAGCAAAAUCAGAAGAGAAGAAUGUAUUUCAAAAAUAUAUUGAUAAAUGCAAAUUAUUUUAUGGAUUAACAAUAAGCUGGAUAGCUAUAACUGCUAUCGCUAUUAUUUUUGGACCAUUUUUGCUACCUCAACCUUUUCCAAUUGAAGUAAAGUAUCCAUUUUAUGUGAGCCAGCAACCGUUAAAAACUAUCAUUUACCUGCAUCAUGCGGUGAACGUAUAUCAAAGUUAUGUACAAGUAUGUAGCAAUGUCUUCGUAGCUGUUUUACUUUGGUUUAUAGCUGCAAGAUUUGAAAUUUUAUCUCACCAAUUUCGGAAAGUUAGAAGUUUUUCAGAAUUUAAAAUCUGCAUACAAUUGCAUCAACAGCUCUUACGAUAUGCGAAAGAGGUUACUAAAGCAGUCCGAUAUAUAACAUUAUCAACAAUAGGAUUCAGUACUGUAGCAGUAGUAUUUAGCGGUCUUACCUUUUUAAGCCGACAACCAUUAACUAUAAAGGCCCAAUUUUUGACUGUUGGUGCAUCUUCACUUAUAGAAGUUUUUGUUUGCGCGUGGCCAGCUGAUUAUGUCUUGAGUACGAGCAAUAAUGUUGGUUAUGCUGCAUACGAAUCGUUAUGGUAUAAGAAAGAAGUAUCUUUACAGAAAGAUUUAAUAUAUGUUAAAUCGCGAUGUCAGCAGCCUGUAUCCGUAACUGUACCGUGCAUGCUACCGACUCUUUCACUUAAUUAUUAUGCUUCUUAUUUAUCAACUGCAUUUUCCUAUUUAACAACUUUCCGAGUAAUUUUCGAAGAUGAUUGAUGGGCUAGAAAUAUGAUGGAUUGUACGUAUUAUGGUUUUUUAAUGUGAAAAAAAUAUAUGAUGCACUGUAAAUAUUUAGUGUGUACAAUACUGUUAGGAUUAUUAAAUUCAUCUUACGCAAUUGUGAUAUGAUACGACAAAAUAUUCUUCUAUAAAUAUAAACAUA